CUGCAUCUCGCGGCGUCCGAAGCGCUUGCGGGGAUGUGCGAAAUUCUCUUGGCCGAAGGAGCAGACACAAACAUUCAGUCCACAAUAGACGGCGCUUUCUCACUCCAUCACGCCGCUCAAAUUUGCAGCACUGCCUGCGUGCGUCUUCUUCUGCGUGCGGGCACAGACGUGAACGCUCGAGAGCACAAUUUCCUGACUCCUCUUCACUUUGCGUCUAGCAAAGGACGCGUUGAUGCCGCCAAGCUCCUCAUCGCCGCCGGCGCAAAUCUGGAAGCGAGGGACCGACAGGGUACCACCCCGCUGCGUCUUGCC